AUGGCAACGGGACCCCCGUGGAGGCUGCCCACUGGGCCGGAGGACUGGGAAGAUCUUUGGAGGGCUUUGGGGAACCCAUUCCCCCCUCUGCCCCACUUCCCCUGCGCCUAUCCUGCCCUCCAGAGCUACGGCCUGCUGCCUGCAGCCCCCUUUGGCCUCCUGGCUCAGCCGGUGUUGCCCCCCUGCGAGCUGCCCGGCCCGGCGCUGCAGUGGCCCUGCUGGGGCGGCGUCGUCGAGGAGGGGCCGCGGGCGAAGGUGGCGGCGUCGGCGGCGUCGUCGCGGGAGAGCACGGCGGCGCUGAAGGCGUGGCUGGGCCGGCACCGGCGGAACCCCUACCCCAGCAAGGGCGAGAAGGUGCUGCUGGCCCUCGCCAGCCGCAUGAGCCUCACGCAGGUGUCCACCUGGUUCGCCAACGCCCGGCGCCGCCUCAAGAAGGGCCCCCGCUGCAGCCCCGCGGCCCCGGCCCAGCCCCACGACGGCGACGACGGCGACGAGCCCGGGACCCCGCCGGCGCCACAGCAGCCCCCCAGCUCACUGGGCCAGGAGCCCCCGCCAGGGCCCGCCAAGGCCAAGAUCUGGUGCCUGGCCCAGCUGGCCACCGGCGACCCCCAGCCCUGCGCAGACUGAGCCCAGAUCGCAGGGGGC